AUGGCCUCCGGUCACCCUACUCGCCGCCGAAGUCGACGGCGCCAUGCCGAUGUCGAUGUGCUGGAGAAAGACGACACGGAACUGCGGCUAGAAAACGCGCUGUUCGGGGACGAGGCAGGUUUCCUCGAUUCCAUCUCUGCCGCGAAGUACAACGAAGGGAAGGAGUUGCAGACAUAUGGCGGAGACAGCGAAGACGACGUGGUCAGUGAUGACGACGAGGACUUGGCAGAAGUUCCUGACGAAGACCUGUUUUUCCUCGAUGCUGGCACUGGUGCGGCACCUCCGACCGAACUCGAUAUCGAUGCAAAGCCUGUGGCAGAGUCGGAGCAGAAGCGGCCACGAGCAGUCUGGUACGACAGCGACGAUGACCGCCUCACGGUCUCUCUUGCAUCAGACACCCGUCUGCGGAAGCUGCGAGACACUGAAGCCGAUGAUGUGAUCAGUGGGCGAGAGUACAUUUCACGUCUUCGUCGCCAGUAUGAGCGUCUUCACCCACGACCUGAAUGGCUCGACUACGCACGAAAGAGGAGAAAGACAUCCCAUGGCGCAGCCUCGGAUUCAGAAUCAGACAUCUCCAUGGAUGGCGAUUCCGACACGCCCACCACAAAACCUCUGGCCGAGAUCCUCCGCUCCCUCACACCUUUGACCCGUUCCAGCAAUACCAUCAACGGCUCACGCAAGCGCCGCAAACUACGCCCAGAAGUAAUAGAUAUCCAGCGCACCAAAGACGUCACCCCCUCCGGCCCCUCCUCAAUCGACACCCUCCAAUUCCACCCACACUACCCUCUCCUCCUCGCCGCUGGACCCAGCCAAACCAUCACCCUAUACCACAUCUCCCCCGAGCCACCACACCCGAACCCAAUUCUCACAUCUCUCCACGUCAGAGGCAUGCCCGUACACACGGCUGCCUUCAACACGCCUCUGUCCACCACCAGCAACACCGACAUAACCGACGCAACCCAAAUCUACCUCUCCUCCCGCCGCCGCUACUUCCACACCUGGUCCCUCUCCUCCGGCACCAUCACCAAGAUCACCCGUCCCCUCACCACAAUCAAACACGAUCAACGUACCACCGAGCACUUCAAACUUUCGCCCUGCCGCCGCUACAUGGGCCUCGUCUCCUCUUCCCGAAAAGCCGGCGGGUCCAUUAACGUUCUCUGUACAACCACCCACCAACUCCUCGCGCAGUGUCGAAUUGAUGCGCAAGGAGGGGUUAGUGAUUUCGACUGGUGGCGAAAUGGAGAGGGCUUUGCGGUGGUAGGGAAGAACGGCGAGGUCAGUGAGUUCAGUAUGUCCGAAAAGCGGACCAUCGCACGCUGGCACGAUGAAGGCGCUGUAGGAACAACCGUCCUGAGCAUAGGCGGGGAAGACUCGAGAUGGAUCGCGAUCGGAUCCAGCUCGGGCAUCGUGAACAUCUACGACCGGAAAGCAUCGAGCUUCCUCAAGAUCUUACAAUCCUCAACCAGCAACACGCAAGGAAGUGCAGACGCAAACACGGACUCGACGCAGCUCACAUACCGGCCUACUCCCACCAAGACACUCAGCCAACUCACAACCCCGAUCUCCUCGCUAACCUUCAGCCCCGACGGCCAGCUCCUCGUGAUGGCCUCACGGUGGAAGAAGAACGCCUUGCGCCUUGUGCACCUGCCGAGUUGUACGGUGUACAGGAACUGGCCGACUGAUAAGACGGCGCUGGGGCGGGUCGCGAGUGUUGCGCUUGGCGGUAUUGAGGCAGGUGGUGGUGGUGGAGGACAGGGCAGGGAAUGGCUUGCGGUUGGGAACGAGCAGGGCGCUGUGCGGUUGUGGGAGGUUCGUGGGUAG